GAGGUUGGUAUUUCCGGUUGGGUCCCUCUGACUGUAGUGAGAUGGUAAACCGGUAACAGGACUUAAAGGGACUCGGAGCGAGAAACCGGCUGGGAGUAAAAUCUGUCCUUUCGGUCCAGGAGCUUCAAGUUUUUAGACACAGACACAUAUUUAUUCUUUUAGCUGCCGGUGUGUGUGUGUGUGUGUGUGUGUGUGUGUGUGUGUGUGUGUGUGUGUUGUCGGGGGCGUUUCAGCCGCUGGUAGCUAGUAGCAAAGAAAAAUAAAAAAAAGAAAAAGAAGGAGAAAAAGCAAAGCAGACUGUGGGGAGUGUUCAGGAGGAUUCAUCUGGGAGCAGUUAGUUCCAGCGGGGAGGUGUGUGUGUGUGUGUGUGUGUGUGUGUGCGUGCGUGCGUGCUGGCAGGAGGACAGCGCUGAACCGGAUGAACCCGAGGCCGAGCUGACCCUCAGCCAGCCGGACAGAGAAGACGUUCACCUGGGCUGAAUCAGGAGCCACACCGCCGCCCCUCCGCCGCCCCUCCGCCGUCCUCCACACGGGUGCUGAUCAUCCAGAAGCCGGCCAGAAUCCGGGCAGAGACCUCAUGAAUGGAAAUCAGCACUACAGGUAGCCUCCGAGCUCCUUCUCCUUCCUGAAGUCCAUUAAAGGAGCCGUUGGGGCUGCGCCCCUGUUCUCCGUGCCACGCAGGCCUGGCUAUGGCACCAUGGGCAAGCCCAUCAAGCUGCUGGCCAACUGCUUUCAGGUGGACAUCCCAAAGAUGGACGUCUACCUGUACGAGGUGGACAUCAAGCCAGAGAGAUGUCCACGCCGAGUCAACAGGGAGGUUGUGGACUCCAUGGUGCAGCAUUUUAAAGUGACCAUCUUUGGAGACAGAAGGCCAGUCUAUGACGGCAAGAAGAGCCUGUAUACAGCACACCCACUACCAGUCGCUGCAGGAGGAGUGGACCUAGAUGUGACCUUGCCUGGAGAGGGAGGCAAGGAUCGGCCCUUUAAAGUCUCUAUCAAGUUUGUGUCCCUGGUUAGCUGGCACAUGCUGCACGAGGUGCUGACUGGGCGGAGUACGCCCGAGCCUCUGGAGUUGGACAAGCCAAUCAGCACCAACCCUGUGCACGCUGUAGACGUGGUGCUGCGCCAUCUGCCCUCCAUGAGGUACACUCCAGUAGGCCGGUCCUUCUUCUCCUCUCCUGAAGGUUAUGAUCAUCCGCUGGGAGGUGGCAGGGAGGUGUGGUUUGGGUUCCACCAAUCAGUGAGGCCAGCUAUGUGGAAGAUGAUGCUGAAUAUAGACGUGUCUGCUACUGCGUUCUACAAAGCCCAGCCGGUGAUCCAGUUCAUGUGUGAGGUUCUGGACAUCCAUAACAUUGAUGAGCAGCCACGCCCUCUGACAGACUCCCACAGAGUCAAAUUCACCAAAGAAAUCAAAGGUCUGAAGGUGGAGGUGACACACUGCGGCACCAUGAGGAGGAAGUACAGGGUGUGUAAUGUCACCCGUCGGCCUGCCAGCCACCAAACGUUUCCGCUGCAACUGGAGAACGGGCAGACUGUGGAGAGAACAGUGGCGCAGUACUUCCGAGAGAAAUACAACCUGCAGCUCAAAUAUCCCCACCUGCCCUGCCUGCAGGUGGGCCAGGAGCAGAAACACACAUAUCUGCCCCUAGAGGUGUGUAAUAUCGUAGCUGGGCAGCGCUGCAUUAAGAAACUGACAGAUAACCAAACCUCCACCAUGAUUAAAGCCACGGCUCGAUCGGCACCAGACAGACAAGAGGAGAUCAGCCGACUGGUGCGCAGUGCGAACUAUGAGGCUGACCCGUUUGUGCAGGAGUUCCAGUUCCGCGUGAGGGAUGAGAUGGCCGAGGUGACCGGCCGCGUAUUGCCUGCCCCCAUGCUGCAGUACGGCGGCAGGGUGAGCUCUGAACACUUCCUGAAUCGCACAGUGGCCACUCCAAGCCAUGGUGUAUGGGACAUGAGAGGGAAGCAGUUCCACACUGGUGUAGAAAUUAAAAUCUGGGCCAUCGCCUGCUUUGCCACCCAGAGACAGUGCCGAGAGGAAAUCCUCAAAAGCUUUACCGAUCAGCUGCGUAAGAUUUCAAAAGAUGCUGGGAUGCCUAUUCAGGGCCAGCCGUGCUUCUGCAAGUACGCUCAGGGAGCAGACAGUGUAGAGCCUAUGUUCAGACACCUGAAGAACACCUAUGCUGGCCUGCAGCUCAUCAUCGUCAUCCUGCCUGGGAAAACGCCCGUCUAUGCGGAGGUGAAGCGUGUUGGAGACACUCUUCUCGGAAUGGCCACUCAGUGUGUGCAGGUGAAGAACGUGGUGAAGACCUCGCCGCAGACGCUCUCCAACCUCUGCCUUAAGAUCAACGUCAAGCUAGGUGGCAUCAACAACAUCCUGGUUCCUCAUCAACGUCCGUCCGUCUUCCAGCAGCCAGUCAUUUUCCUAGGUGCUGAUGUCACUCAUCCACCUGCAGGAGAUGGCAAGAAGCCCUCCAUCGCUGCGGUGGUGGGCAGCAUGGACGCCCACCCGAGCCGCUACUGUGCCACGGUGCGUGUGCAGAGGCCCAGGCAGGAGAUCAUCCAGGACCUGGCCUCCAUGGUCCGAGAGCUGCUCAUCCAGUUCUACAAAUCCACACGCUACAAACCCACACGCCUCAUCUUUUACAGAGACGGAGUGUCCGAGGGACAGUUCCGACAGGUGCUGUAUUAUGAGCUGCUGGCCAUUCGGGAAGCCUGUAUAAGUCUGGAGAGAGAGUACCAACCAGGCAUCACGUACAUCGUCGUGCAAAAACGCCACCACACACGCCUUUUCUGCGCUGACCGUAACGAGAGGGUUGGACGGAGUGGAAACAUUCCUGCCGGCACUACAGUUGACACAGACAUCACCCAUCCCUAUGAGUUUGACUUUUACCUCUGCAGUCAUGCUGGAAUACAGGGCACGAGCCGGCCCUCACACUACCAUGUGCUGUGGGAUGACAACUGCUUCACAGCCGAUGAGUUCCAGCUGCUCACCUACCAGCUGUGCCACACAUAUGUACGCUGCACACGCUCCGUCUCCAUCCCAGCGCCUGCCUACUAUGCCCACCUAGUGGCCUUCCGUGCUCGCUACCACCUGGUCGACAAGGAGCAUGACAGUGCGGAGGGCAGUCAUGUAUCAGGACAGAGUAAUGGUCGUGACCCCCAAGCUCUGGCCAAAGCUGUGCAGAUUCACCACGACACUCUGAGGACCAUGUACUUUGCCUAGCCCCUCCUCCUCACCCACACUCACCUGUCACUCAUAUGACACCAUGCACUGAAGCCUACUCCCCCGUCGCGUCAGCGACAAGCCCCGGGCCGCUCUGCUGCUAAAACGAACCAAACGCAACUACAACAAAGGGGAAGGGUGGGAAUUAACACUGUUAUGCAAUAGAAUAGUUUAAAAAAAAAACAGCCAGGCUUUUCUAAGAGCCUACUUCUUUCCUUUUCGUGUGUAGAUCUGUGAGUCCUGAGAAAGGUAUGGCAUUUGUACACUUAUUUAUUAGCAUUGAGUUUAUCUGUGUCUGUCUGUCUUUUUAUCCGCAUGGAAAUCUUUUCAUCUUUGAUUAUAAAUCAAAUUAAAUUAGCUGAAAUUAGGGGAAUUGAUAUCAGACAUAACGGUCAAAGAAUUUCACUCUCGUAAACAGAAGAGAGCAACACCACUGGAGGGCGGUGUGGUAUUAAAGAUCAUACAGUAACGUUACCAUGCUGUGAUUAAGCAAUAUCGCACUGAAUAUCAGCGCGGCUGUGGGAUAUACGCCGCCGGUAAUCGCAGCCAUGCUGAUAUUCAGUGCAACAGCACGAUUGCAAGUGUGAUAUUGCUUUUAUACAACAGUUCUAUAAAGAAAAAAUUAUUAUCGAGUAACUGACAUUUCAGACACAAUAUGGCCAAAUAUUUUGGGGUUGCGGUUUGUUGUUUUGAUUAUUUUUUGAUUUCUUUUUCUUUUUUUCUUUUUUCGCUCCGUCAACAAAAAUAGUUCCCAACGAAGCCGCGGCUGGAUAGACAGAUCAUAGGAUAGGAGUGAUAGAAACAGUGAGACGUCGCAGUGCUGUUGUAGUAAAUAUCAGCACUCUCAGAACGCCACUUGUUCAGUCAAAUUAGUGGAACUAACUGUUGUAUAAAUUUGGAUUAAGAUAGAUAGAGUGAUGCUAGGACAUUGCCAAAGGACGCUGUGUUCUAUUCCAACUAAUGAAAUCAAUAAGAAAUCAAAUCAGUAAGAAUAUUUAUGGGACUUGGCCCAUAUUCAUAAAAUAUCAUGAUCUUGGCACAGUUUUGAUAAUGAACUCAGUUAUCUUGACAGAUCAUUUCUUAAUAAUUCUCUUACUCUGAAAUACUUGAUGGGGGACAUUUUUUGUCUCAGUCUCCAUUUCCACCAUUUGUACACUUGCAUAUUUGUGUGUGUGUGUGUGUGUGCACUUUAAACAAGGUUCAGAAGUAACUUCAAUGAGUUACCCUAUGCCGUCAGUCCUAAGACUUGGACAUGUGCGUCAGUGCGCUGCCUGGAAAACAUCUCUCAGUCUUGUAUCUGUUCAAGAUUGUCCCUUUUUUUUUUCUCUCCUGUAUAAGCAGAGUGAUACAUUAGCUAAGAACUGCAGUUCUUAUUACCUAAAGUACAACCGCUGAACAUCCGUUAAACCCGACCCAAGGUCGGUAGAAAAUUUCCCCUCAGAGGGUUGCGCUGUGGGUGUGUGUGGUUGUGGGUGUGUGUCACUGUUCUUGUGCACUUUAAGUGCAAUCAUUGGUGCGUGUGUGCGUGUGUGUGUGUGUGUGGUUGUUGCCUUUGCCAGGUACUGAAUAAGUAUGUUGACACACCUUUGCUAAUACAGCAUUUUCUCAAUGAACUUCAGAUGUUAGGGAGAGAAGAUGGUGGUUUUUUUCACAUGGUUGCAAAUAUAUAGAGAGCUUAUAGUGUUGUUACUUUAUACGCAUUAAGGAGGGGUUAAAUGUGUUGGGUGUUGUGGGAGUUAAUUGUGUAUUCACAGGGAUUUGAGACAAAGUGCCUGGAAACACAUUCUUAAUGAACAUCGGCCCAUCCGAAGGUUUUCAUGCUGUUAAACCUCAUACUGCAGUUGUUGAAAAGCAGUGUUUUAGAAGUGACUUUAUUUUUAAAACGCAUGAACAAAGGAACUAAGGUAGAGAGGAGUAAGCUGAAGAGACUACCCUGCACUCUGAACAUUUUGGAGUCUUGAAACAAAGAGCAUUUCUUUCUUGCUUUCUCUCCUCCCCAGUGGACGAAAGCACAUACUGCCGCACUGAUGAGUGCACAAAGAAUUUACCAAAAGUGAUACAGCUACAGGCCCUUCUGGUCUACUUUUUAAGAAUUUUUUUUUUUAAUAGCUGGGCCAAAAUUCUGACAGUGCAAAUCAAAGAUGGUAGGCACCAGAUAGCGUUAUGCAGCUUGUUACAUGCUCCAGUAUAUGGCCAAAGGUUUGUGAACACCUGAUUAUCACACCCAUGUAAUGGUUCUUCCAUAAACUCUUGCCACCAUGUUGGAAGCACACUUGUCUAGAAUGUCUUUGGAUGCUGUAGCGUUACAAUUUCCCUUCACUGGCACUAAUGGACCCAAAGCUGUUCCAGCAUGACGAUGCCCCUGUGCACAAAGCGAGCUCCAUGAAGACAUGGUGUGUGAAGGUUGGAGUGGAAGAACUCGAGUGUCCUGCACAGAGCCCUGACCUCAACCCCACUGAACACCUUUGGGAUGAACUGCAACACCAACUGAACCCCAGACCUCCUCGACAUCCCAACAUCAGCGCCUGACCUCACUAAUGCUCUUGUAGCUGAAUGAACACAAAUCCCCACAGCCACGCUCCAAAAUCUAGUGGAAAGCCUUCCCAUAAGAGUGGAGCUUAUUAUAACAGCAAAGAGGGAACUAAACCUGGAAUGGGAUGUUCAGCAAGCACAUAUGGGUGUGAUGGUCAGGUGUUCACAAACUGUAAUCCACGUAGUGUAUCUGGUGGCAACUGGCUGUCAUACAGUUUUUGUCACACGUGCUCUCCAAAUAUAAAUCCGCUGAAUGUCCUUCCGGAUGUAAAUAAGCACUUUGGUUCCAUAAUACAAUACAACCAAAAAAAAUUGAUCUUGGCAGUUUUUAUUUCUUUGAUCUUAUCUUUAAUUUGUUGAGCUUUGGAAGAUGGUAAGCUUUUGCCUAUUCUCUAGCAUUUGCCACUUUUCAACAAGGUUGUAAUGAAUCUGCAGUCCAGGCAGAUCACGCAAUGUGCCUCGAAUAGAUCGGCAUAGCCAUCUGCACGUUUUUUUUUCUGGACCCAUUAAAGGUUGAGGGCUGUUUACUACUUGACCUCUUUUGUGCUCAAGCAUUGGCUUUGUCCACUGCAUCUUUAUUCUCAAAGCCACGUACAGAUGCAAACCAGUGUAGCUGCUAAACCCCUGUUAUACUACAAACAGAUUUGUGUUGGUACAAAGAGUGUGAGAGGAAUGAUGACAAUAUUACUGCACUUAAUUGUUUGAAAUGACUCUAUUUUCUCAGUUGGGGCUCUUUGCCCAGGUGCUAAGAAGUGCGGUGCUGUAAUUUGGGGAAUUGGAAAGCCUUGUCCACCAUUCCCUGUUUUUGUUAUACAGCUUGCCAUGUUCUUUUCACUUUACGCAUAUAUAGAGUGUUUUGAAAGUUGCAUGCUCUGUCUUAGAUGCUGAAUCUUAGCUUGAAAGCCUUGUAGAGGUUGGGAUAUUGCAUUAAGAACAGUUGUAGCGAGUUAAACUGCUUGGUAAAUGCUUGCUGAAUGGUCAACGACACAAAUGACAUCCGAGAGCCAGAUGUUCAAAACCCUUUAGUGAAUAUCAGAAGAACAGAUCGGAUGGCUCUUUUUGAGUCCACGAUCAAAAGCAAAGUUUACAUCACAAUUAUCCAACCAUGUAAAGAAUGGGUUACCUAAAGCAAACUGUGUAUUGGUUGCAUUCUGGUACAAGUGUUUGUUUAUUACAGUUUAUUGGGAAUAUGAUUAAUAAGCAUGAAGUAUUUUACAGUAAAAUUGAAUCAUCAGUUCAGCCUACAACUUCAGAAUAAAGAGAAAAUGAGCGUUUUCUUGUACCGUAUAGUUUAACAAGAAGUUAAUCUUCCAUUGUUUUCUUAGUUAAGGACUGAAAUCAAAACAGUCUCAGUCAGAGAUUGUAGUUUUAAUAUUUGAAAGUGUUAAAGUGUCUCAGUUUAUAUCUUAUAUACCCUCCAAGUUCCAAAAACCGGUGAGAUGGCCUUUGAACAGCUGGCUCCUUAGACACAAUAGAAAAUAAAAUCUCUGCAGUUGCAGGAUAAGCUACUCACAUUGCACUACUUGCAAAUCCCUGCACCUUUUCACUCUGCAUAACUUGUUGGUUCAUAAGAGAAGUGUGACAUUUGUGAAAUGUGACAAGACCGUUACACCAUUAAGAGCUUAUUCAGCCAAUCUUGCCUUAAUGGGGAAGCACACAUUUGGCUGAUUUGGAUGACUUCGGUGCGUGGCACUGUGAAAUCUCCCGUCCGUUUGAACGUACCUGGUACUUCUCUGGCACUACCAGCAUUUGAUUUUUACUUGAAAAAUGAGCUUGAUGAAUAUGGCAUGUAAUCCCGUGCAUGUAGGGGUACAGCAUUCUGUAGUACAGACGUUUUAUCUUCUCAAGUUGCCACGGAUAUAGUUGCUAGGGCCCAGUAAAUGAGGCAUUUCAUGUGAGGGUGGAGAGGUUGGGCACAAACUGUGACGUAAUAAGCCCCACCCCUCCUCUCCAUGCUGGACUAUGGAUGCCUUGGCUCAAAAGCAUUUUUAAUUCAGAGCAGAGGUAUAUUUGUAUAUUUAAAGAAUGGAUCUGUGUAAUGCACACCACUUAUUUUUGCUAACAAAAGUCUAUGAGAGAUACAAGAAUAUAAAAUAACAUUAAUAUUAAACGGUGAGUGUCUAACAAUAAUCAGUUAAAAUGCAAUAGACUGUUGACCUCCAGGUUUAUUCUCUCCUUUUAAAUUUAAUGUUUUUUUUUUUUUCCGCGUUGUCGUGUCGUCCUAUGGAAUUGGUGUAGUUUUAAGUGGCUAAUGUUAAACAAGACAUUCUUUCUUUUGUAUAACUUCACUUUUUUUUGUUCAAUUUAAAUAUAUGAGCAGACUUAUAAACCUGCCCUUUAAAGGUCCAUCCUAAAAUGGAGAUAAUACGGUUUUGUGUAAUGUUGUAUCCACUAUGAUGAAUGAUUUGAACUAAACCCUUUUUUUUGGACGCUAUUAUUAUUAUUAUUAUUAUUAUCAUUAUUAUUAUUAUUAUUAUUAAUCCACAUAGAGGCGAAGAUUCACUAUAAAAGGAGACUUGUCUGUGGAAUGUGCCUUUCUUGAUGGUGCUGAUCUUAAACUAGUAAAUAAAGGACAAAAAGUACUUUUGAAAUGCUCAAAGGGCACAAGCCUUUGUCGACGCUGAAGCUGAGUAUAUACUGAUACAUGAUAUACUGUAUAAUGUGUGUAUGUGUUUUAAAAAAAUGUGUGUAACUGUCAUUUUGUUUGCCAAGAACACAUCCAUAUCCAAGACUUGCCAGUUACAUCAAUGCAGGACCAAAUGUUUUCACAAGGGUUUUUGUUGGUGAUUGGGGCACAUGGCAUGGCAUAACCCACUGCUUGCACUAGCCAGGCUACGACAGGAGACCUCAGAGAUCUAGCCAUUUUAUUUUAUUUUUUUUUAAUUAUAGAAAGAGGUUUUGGCAACAUGGAGAUUUAAAGCUUUUGUUUGGUGCAGGCAACAAAACUAACGUUCUUAAUUUAAAUAAUAAUUCCACUGAGACAGCGUAAUCAAUAUUUAAUUAACUCCAAUCUCUAAUCAAAUCUAUCUUGUGCAGUCUUCAUUUGGAGCAGCUGACAAUUCCACCAUCAGCAAUCUAUGAAUUUAGCAUCUAUUCUGUAUAUUUUUCAGCAUUGAUUUAAACAAAAUGCUUAGAACAGAUCAACUAGAGUUGCUAAAGCUUUGGUCAGUGCUCAAGCUCUGUCGUGCCAUGUCAGUUCCUUCUCAUGCUGAAGGGAUUCCAUGGAAAAAAGAAAAAAAUACCAUUGAUUUUGCUUUGGUUACAGAACAUAAUGCAUCAUGCUCUCAAUUGUCUGAUAAUGGACCUGUCUAGUUUUUGAAAUACAUUUUUGGAGGGUCUUAUCAUCUGAUUCUGUUCUUUCAUUGAGCCUUUUUGGUUUUUUUUGUUUUAUUGUCCUAUUUAAUUGUUAAUAUUUUAAUUAAAUAUAUAUGUAUGCAGAA